AUUGAGCUGAUGUGUUUGCUCCAAUCAAGACGAAGCGCCUCCUCUUAAAUCGUCAUGAGUGACUUCAGCCUUCCAUUCCCAACUUUCCAAAGACCUGCUACGACAUAACUGUUGGAUACAUCUGCGAACCACCGAUGGGAAACCACCAAUAGGGUACAGCACAUUCUCCGUUCUUCAGUUUGUGAAACAGUCAAAGGAUCCUGGAUGGACCUGGGUCAAAACAGCUGGUCAAUGGUCAAGCGUGAAGUCACCAGCAGCCCAGGGUCGCCGGCUGAACAGAGCUACCUACAGGGUGACAGGAGGGACCGACACACCUCGGAUGAGUUGAGGUCACCGGCGCCACUGCACACGCAUCUCGACUCUGUGGGAACCCGACGCACAGAGGGCAGGUCUCUACACUCCUACGUUCACUUUGGACAUCACAACACCGCCCUACCCAACUCAGAGGAUAUCACGCUGUUCACGGAUUUGGACCAGGGCAACAAGCUCAUCAUCUCCGGCGGGGCGCACAAGACUGGACUAAUCGUGGACCCUAGCGACAUGUAUCAAACACUGGCAAUCGCCGCGGCUCAAACUCAGGCGGGUUAUGAUUCGCCUACUGCCAGCUACAUGCACUCCAACCCGAAUUCACCCGUUUAUGUGCCGACCUCCCGGGUCGGGCCUAUGAUUCCAAGUCUCCCUUACUUACAAAACGGAUCGUCUCAGCCAAGUCAUCCGGUGAACAGCCAUUCGGUAUGGUCGCAGCCAACCCCCGAGAGCCCGUCAUACAGCACAGGGAGCCCUCAUACCUCCACCCGUUUCCAUUACUCUCCAAGCCCGCCAAUGAACAAUGGGACAUCCAGGGACAGCAGCUAUACAAGUCCUCUGAAUGUCAACAGCAGAGAUCAGUAUAACCUUGCCCGACCGAUCAGUGGUUCCUAUACCAGCCCCUACCAAUCAUAUGUGGCACCGCAGCUAUCACAGUUGUCCACUCCAUGGCCUGGAGGAGCAUUUGAAAACUCCAUGCUACAUUCCUUACAAUCGAGAGGCGCAUCCUUGUCUAUCCGAGGACCUAAUGGAGAUAUACUGGAUGACAUGGUGGAGAGCCGGGAGUGUGUCAACUGCGGCUCCAUAUCCACACCGCUGUGGAGACGCGACGGCACGGGUCACUUUCUCUGCAACGCAUGUGGUCUGUACAGCAAAAUGAAUGGACUCAGCCGGCCAUUAAUUAAACCCCAGAAGCGCAUGUCGUCAUCUAGGCGGAUCGGCCUCUCCUGUGCCAACUGCCAGACCAGCACCACCACUUUGUGGCGCAGGAACGCCGAGGGGGAACCAGUCUGCAACGCUUGCGGACUUUAUACAAAAUUGCACGGGGUACCACGGCCACUUGCUAUGAAGAAAGAGGGUAUUCAGACGCGAAAGCGAAAGCCAAAAACGUUGAACAAAUCCAAAGGAUCCUCCGGAAGCAGCUCUGUUCCCAUGACUCCGACCUCGUCCUCGUCUUCCAACUCUGAAGAGUGCACGAAGAACAGCUCACCGACAACGCAGGUGUCAGUGUCUUCGGUGAACCCCUCUGCCAUGGCUGCUCAAGAGGUGGUCAGCUCGACCGACUCCGUAGUGAAGUACCCUGGACAGGAGGGGCUGUACACCAGCGUGGGACUCACAUCCUCAGCCGACGUGACUGCCUCCGUCCGAGGAGAGACCUGGUGCCCGAUGGCCUUGGCUUGAUAGUGGACCGUCUGGAGCGGGGUCUCCAUUUUGGCCUUCCUCUCCCUGGGACGUAACGCUGGUGUUCCUUUCAAAAGUGGCAAUGGAAUGGGAAUUAUUAAGUCUUCUGAUUGCCGUAAACUUGUUCUCCAGUUCUGGAGAGUUUCAUGGAUGCUGCUGACAUGCCAACAGCUUUUUAUUUUUACAUUCUCCAUGUGUUUGACUGCAUUCUUUCCUGGAAUAUUUGGAUCGGAUAUUUUUUUCGGAAUUUGGCUGUGCCAUUGCAAAGGAACACGCGCAUGAUGAGGCAUCAAAACACUGCUUUUGCAUUUGGUACUCUCUGGAGACAGUGCACGAGGGGCAUCACCCUGGAGAGUUAGUGGAUGAAAUGUUAAUUUUAAAGAAAGUUAAAUAUAUAUAUAAAAAAUAUAUAAAUAUAUAAGGGUAUGGAUGUGGAUUUCCCCUCGCUGAAGAUAACAUUGUUGAUUGGACUGGAGAGCAUUUUCUUUUUAGUAAAUGCGCAACCCAUGCAAAAAUACAGAAACGCUUGAUUUUGUUGCAACUGGAAUUUGGAAAGAUGAAGACAUCCAAGACACCCCCUUUGAUUGAAUGAAAUAUUUAUGAAAUGCUGUUGAAAUAUGCCUAUAUUUGUCAAUAAAGGGAACGACAAAUAGAAUAGGAUGAAAUGCUUAUUCUUACAAAUAUCUUUAUUUUGAAACACAUGGUCUAACCUUUUGGAUCUAGCUUUCAUGGUGUAUUUUUGUCUUUGAUUACAUAUCUGCACGUGUUGCCUGAUGAAGCUCUUAUGGAAUGGGACUGAAAUUGUGUUGGUUUAAACAGGGUAACAAAGAUCAAGACAGCCACUCUCUCUGUUGUCUGCUUUAUAGUUUGAUUAUGUACUCUUCUUGAGCAAUGUUAAAUCAGAUCCUGCCGAUUUGACACUUGAUUAGCAAAAAAAAGAACAUUUCAAAUCAAAUGGUACUAUUUUGUAGACUUUUAUUUUUUAAUAGAUCGUAGCAUGUUUUUAAAAGACAACAAUCACAAAAGGGUGAAAAAGAGGUGAAAUUGCAUCCACGUAAACACUCACUCAGAACAAACGGCACUCAGGACAAUUUGAUAACUGACAUCUUUUUUUGUUACGGCACAGAAGUUUAACAGUAUUUUUUACUGCAAAGCUUCUGGAUUUAACAGAGACAGAACUACCUAAAGCAAAUCAUUAACAUGUAAAAAUACCAGGCAUCAUUUGGUCAGAUAUCCUUGUGAGGGAUCCAUCUAUGGAAGAGAUACAUGUUGAUGAUGAGAAACACUAUUGCAUCCAUGGUGGCUGUGCAAAAAGGCUUAACCCACUAAUAUGACACUGGAUGAAGACAUAGAUCCAACUUGGUCUGUUUGAGAACUAAUGUUAUGGAUUCAUGGAUUAUAUCGAUGCUUAUAGCCUCAAAUCAGCGUUGGUCUGACCAUGCCAUCAAUCAGAAGCCAUUACACGCAAGCGCACUGCAAUUUAAAGCAACAAGCAGGAUCAGUCAAAAGUCUCCGAUGCUCAUGACACGUAUGAUGUAUGGGGCUGUCCAAUCAUUAAUCUCCCCAUGUAUUUCAUUUGGCCCCAAAGUGAAGUCCAGAGAGUGUAAUGUGAGCAUGCUCCGUGGACCACUGUCGGGCCAGACAAAUUCCAAUCCAGUGCGUGGAGUAAACAGUCCAGGGGAAUCAGUUUGAGUUUGUAGGUCACCUAGAACAUUGUGUAACCGGCACAAGCAGCUUCCAUGGUCAUGCCUUUUGUCCCUGUUAAGUAGGGUCCUCUGGUAUUCUGGACUUAUUUAUUUGUUGUGUUUAGUAGAAUUUUUUUUUUGAUGUGUUUCAUUUGGUUUGAUGUUAUUUGUAUGUCAAGGAUUGUUUCUUUGGAUUUAAUUUCCAUUCUUUCGUAUUUAAAUCUGUUGUCAUGAAUGUUCAACCUAAGACAUUAAUUUGAGAUUAAAAUGUUUUCUCCUGUCUUAAAGAAUCAUGUUCAAGUGUGUACACAUUUUUGUGUGUGUGACUUUUAUUUUAGCAUAAGUAAAGAUAUGGAGUUCUGACAGCUUUACUUAAUAUACACACACAAGCCUCCAGAGCUUAAAAC